AUGCGUGCUUUCAUUGUUUUGUGCUUGGUCGCAGUGGCGUGCGCCGAUAAAUUGGGCUAUAACUAUCAACCAGUUGGUCACUCAGACAAUGGUUUGUCUUUCACUCCUGGUGCGGCUGGUUCCUCAGGAGGCUUUGGUGGUCAAGCUGCUGGUGGUUUUGGUGGUCAAUCUGCUAGUGGUCCAGCUGCUAGUGGUCCAGCUGCUGGAGGUCCCGCUGCUGGUGGUUUCGGCGGUCAAGCCCUUGGUGGUGCUGCCAACGAUGCCCCCUCUAACUUUGCUCCCUCAGCUGAAUUUGAAAAGGAAUUCAUCACCUAUUCUGCUUCCGAAGGCGACUUCGAAGAUCCUAAUGCUGCUGAACAAAUUGCCAACAAUUUGAAACAAGCUCUGCGUGUGGUCUUCAUCAAGGGCCCCGAAAACAAGGGACUCGAAGAUGCUGCCCUCGCCUUGGCCAAACAAGCCUCUGCCCAACAGACCGCCAUCUAUGUGCUGAACAAACAAACCGAUAUCGGAGAUUUGGCCAACAAACUGAAUGCCAUCAACAGCGCUUCCAGCACCAAACCCGAGGUUCACUUUGUCAAAUACCGCACCGCUGAGGAUGCCGCCAAUGCCCAAAGAACCAUCCAAUCUCAAUACGACUCCUUGGGCGGAAACUCCCAAAAUGUCAAUGGUGGUGUUGCUCCCGUCAUCAACUUUGCUUCUCAAGCUCAAGUUCGCUCUGCUGCUCCUCAUACUCCCCAGAACUCUUAUUUGCCUUCGUCGGUGUUGCGUUUCCGCGCUUAA